AUUAAAAAUCAUAUAAUUUUUUGUUUUUUAUUAUUGGCUUUACAUAUAUCCUACAACAAUUUAUAUGCGUGCGUUUGGUUGUUGAAAAACUUUAUAGUCCGGCAACGCUAGUUUUAUCAUCCGAAAUUUCCUCUGCCCAACAGAACCGCAGCCAAUAUCACUAGGAUAUUUUAAUGGAAAAAAUACAGCUUGGUUAGUGGAGAAUAUACCGAAAAGUUGUGUGAGAAAUAUUAUAAAGUUGACGUUUUUGCUUUAAAUACAUACAAUAAUUUAUAAAAAUGAGCGUUGAGGAAGAAGUGUUCAAAAUACAGAAGAAAAUGCAGAAGAUUACGUCGAAUGAUGGCACGGGACAAGAGCAAGCAUUGGAUUUGCUGAAGGCUUUGCAAACACUCAAUAUUAAUUUAGAGAUAUUAACCAAAACACGCAUUGGUAUGACUGUAAAUGAGCUACGUAAGAGUAGCAAAGAUGAGGAGGUGAUUGCAUUGGCUAAAACAUUAAUCAAAAAUUGGAAACGAUUUCUUGCCGCGCCGGGUGGUUCAAGUGGCAGCAGCGCCAAAGAGUCGUCUGUUAGUAAUAACGUGUCUAAAUCAUCAUCAAGCAGCAAAUCGAAUUCAUCAUCAUCUAGUAAGGACAAAGAGAAAAGUUCGUCUAGCUCAUCUAAGGAUAAAAAGCGUGACGAAGAGAAAAAAUCCAAUUCAAAUGCAUCAUCAUCGACGAAAGACGAGCGUCGACCAGUGCAGUCAUCAUUCCCUAGUACUGGCGGUUUAACCGAUGCUGUACGCCUAAAGUGUCGAGAAAUGCUAUGUAAUGCGCUUAAGGUGGGUGAAGUGCCGGAAGGUUGUCCAGAACCGGAAGAUAUGGCAACCGAAUUAGAGGAGGCAAUUUAUAUGGAAUUUAAAAAUACAGACAUGAAAUACAAAAAUCGCGUACGCUCGCGCGUAGCAAACUUGAAAGAUGCAAAGAAUCCCACAUUACGUAGCAACUAUAUGUGCGGUGCCGUUACGGCACAACAAUUGGCGCGUAUGACACCCGAAGAAAUGGCUAGUGAUGAAAUGAAGAAAUUACGCGAGAAAUUCGUUAAAGAAGCUAUUAAUGACGCUCAGUUGGCCACGGUACAGGGCACAAAGACCGAUCUGCUUAAAUGUGGUAAAUGUAAGAAACGUAACUGCACAUAUAAUCAAUUACAAACACGUUCCUCCGAUGAACCUAUGACAACAUUUGUCAUGUGCAACGAAUGUGGUAAUCGCUGGAAGUUCUGCUGAAGGCAGCAGACAUUUUUACUAAAAGGCAAAGUCAUUUUCUUCUUAAAAAGAUA